UGAAGGCUGCGGUAGCGGCUGCCUGCUCUAUGUAACGAAACUGUAAUAAAGCAAUUGGAUAUGUUAUUUUUAGUCAGUGAAUGUUAUUAUAUGUAAAACUUUAGUUGAAUUACUCAUUCCUGGAAAUAAGGAAAAAGAAGACAGUGGCUGAUGGCUGUGAUUUUAGUCGCUUUCCUACUGGCAUACACAAGUUUAUGGGGCAGGACUUUCCGGGCUGACGCUCAGACUUGUGUGGAUGAGCAGAGAUUCGAGGAGCAGGUGGUGUAUGUGGGGCAGGGUGCCCCAUAUCGACUGAGAUGCCCUCUAGCGCCUGAUCCUCCUCAGAGCCCCCACCAGCUGCAGCUGAGCUGGCUGAAGGAUUGUCUGCCGCUGCCUGGACCCUCGCCUUCCAGUCCUGCUCAGGGCCCGCUCACUCCUGAGGGGAGGGCCUUCCUGGAUUUCCCCAGCCUCAGCUUAAAGGACCAGGGAAAUUACACCUGUGUGGAUAAGGGCAACAGUACAGCAUCAUUCACUGUGCAUCUCACCAUUAGAGAGUCCCAGUGCUCCAAAGCCCCAGAAUAUCAGCCUAAUGGAGGCCUAACUAGGCUCUGGGGGAAUCUGGGAUCUAAUGUGAAGCUGAACUGCACAGCUCUCCUUCAAUGGGACCCGCGUGAGGAGCCGUGUGAUGUGACCCUGUGCUGGAGUAAAAAUGGCACUCCUCUCACCAACCGCACGCUUGACCUGCAGAAUACGUCCUCAUGGUCGCCUGGUGCCGGCCUGCUGGUGGUGAGCAGCCUGCUGGUGGUCGACCUCAGAGAGCAGGAGGACUUUGGGCUCUACAGCUGCACAGUGAGGAACGCCUCCGCUGAGUUCAGCCUGCAAAAUACAAAUCGGCCCAGCCACACAGCUGCUGUUAUUGCAGCCAUCAUCCUCCUCCUGGUGCUGGCCACAGCUGCUGUUGUGUACUCCAGGUGUCACCUGAACAUCAAACUCUGGUACAGGGACUCCUAUGGAGACUAUGAGCUCAAUGAUGGCAAAUUGUAUGAUGCCUACGUCUCCUAUGUAAACAAUGACUAUGACAGGAAGUUUGUCAACUUUAUUCUCAAACCUCACCUGGAGAAUAAAAAUAAAUACAAGUUGCAUCUCAAUGACAACGAGAUCCUGCCCGGCUCAGAACCUUCCGCAGAGCUGCUAAUGAACGUGAGUCGGUCUCGGCGUCUCAUCGUGAUACUGUCCCACGCCUACCUGGAGCAGGACUGGUGCUCCAACAACUUCAGACAAGGCUUCCUGCACCUGCUGGACCUGUCCCAGCGGCCCAUCCUCAUCGUGUUGGAGGGUCAGCUCAAACACAUGAGGUCAGAGGUCAAGCAGCAGCUCAGGGAGCACCAGCACAGACUCACCAUGCUCACCUGGAGGCACAACUCUGUGACCCCAUCUUCAGUCUUUUGGAAGGAGCUGGCCUUAGCGAUGCCUCGCAGGCUCGUCCUGCACAGCGACUCCGCCGGAGACCCCCAGACUCUGCUGCAGGACGACAAGGACCCCAUGCUGACGCUCAAUCCCGACUACCUGGACUGCCGCUCGGAUGUUGACCCCGCUGGAGACCUGGGGCUGCGUCUCCCUGUGUACAAGGCGCUCACAUCCAGGGCCCCGGUCCUCCCUCCUGCUCCUGCCGCGGCAGCUGAGCCCAAACCCUCAGACAUCGACGUGUCUGACCUCGGGUCCCGCAAUUAUGGAGCCCGCUCAGACUUCUACUGCCUGGUCACUGAGGACGACAUCUAAACCACAACCUCCACAUGUCUGAUUGUCUCUAAGCAUGACCACAUAACUACAUGAUGAUGCACAUUUUUAUUACUUACACUU